CAUUGCCGGCAGUGUUUUAGUGGAACCACAGAACAGACAAGAAGCAGAAACAGGAAGUGCAGAGGAACACAGGGCAGGCCAGCUCACAAGCACAUGUUACACAAGAGAGAUCAGUCUCUCAGUCUAAGGUGAAAACUAUGGAGGGAUGUACGACACAGAAUGAAAUUCACCAGGAAGAGAAAGAAAGAGCAGGAAGCAGUGAAGGAGAACAGACAGACCCAAAAGAAAGAGACUUGAGAUUGGUGCUGCUCGGCUCAGCGGGUUCUGCGAAAAGCACUGCGGUUGAUGCCAUCCUGGGCGGCCCGAAAUCUGAAUCUGACUGCAGCUCAGGCCCUGAGACACCCGCCGCUGCUGACUGUCAGAAGAGACGUGUGAAUGUGGCAGGACGACAGGUGGCUGUCGUAGACACACCUGACUGCCUUUGUGUAGAGCGCCCCUCUGAGGAAGUCCGCCGUCAGUUCUCUCUCUGCGCGGCUUUAUCGGCCCCAGGGCCCCAUGCUUUCCUGCUCUGUGUCCCGGUCCACCGCCCCAGUAACCUGGAGCUCCAAAUUCUGGAGACCUUGGAGAAGGUGUUUGGCCCUGAAGCUGUUAGUAGACAUGCAAUGGUGCUCUUCACACACAUGGAGCGGCUGCCUGAGGACGUGUCGUUGGACGAGUAUCUCAAUACACAUCGAGCAGACCUACUAGAGCUCGUACUCAAGUGUGGGGGCAGACAUCACCCCCUGUGGCCGGAAGCAAACAUGGAGGAGCUGUUGGAAAAGGUGGAGCAGAUGUUGAAAGAAAGCGGGACAGGAUUCUACACAUGUCCUCUGUUACAGGAGGCAGAGAGGAGAGUGGGAGAGAAAGAGCAGGAGAUCUUGAGGAGCAGAAGAGGAGGAGGAGAGAGUGAUUCGGAUGUGACAGAUGUGGAGAGAAUAAGGGAGGAAGCGGAGAGGAGCGUGGACGAUCUGGUGGUGGAGGGGAUCGCUGAUCUUUGUCUCUCCAUUCCGAACCCUUCGAUCUUACGCUGGCUGUGGGACAGUGUGGUCGGGUGGCUCCUUUGGUUCCCGAAUAUGAUUCGGGGCAGUGCUUUACUGGGGUCCUUUGUCGGGUUGUUUGUCGGGGGGCCUUUAGGAGGCGCCAUGGGAGCAACAGUGGGAUCUGUGGCGACGGAAAUGGGUAGACGGAAACAAAAAACAAAAUAAGUUAUUAACAAUCAUUAUGCCAUGCUUAACAGAUCAGACAGUUCUUGUACAAUCAGAUAUGUGGAAAAAAUAUGGUGGGGUCAAAAAGUCCACAUUGAAAAUCUUAGAUUUUAUUCAUUUGAACCUGGUAAUAAACAGAAACCUUUAGGAUGAGGAGAGAUAUUUAAGAUUCUGCACUAUUUCUAGGUCACAGACAGAGUCAGAAAUGACCUCAAGAGGCGAUUAUUUCCUUUGGGCUUGAUUUUCAGGGGUGUUAUUUAUGUUGAUGAGGGUAUUUUUUCUCUACGGAUCCUUGACAGAAUUCACUCACAGAAGUUUUCAAUUUUAAUAAUUAGAGUGAGAAUGUAUUACCCCAAUACCCAAAAAAUCUAAUCAUAUCAAAUUACAGUCUAUGCGAUAAUGUUUAAGCUUACACUAUUAGAUGUAACAAAUAAAAAUAGAGGAACAUAUUACGGGGGACAUAUUUUACCCCUGCAUUUUGAAUUUUGGCUGCAUUUUUGUCACUUUCAGUGGCAUUUUUUUCCUGAA